GAAAGCAGCACUUCUAAGCACGACUCAAUGAGAGCAGCCACUCACCUGAGAGGCACGUGUGGAGAAAGGCUGAGGUGAAACUCGCAGGAGAGGAGGACGAACAACAUGGCACAGACACAAAUGGGUGCCAGGAGCCCUCUUGCAGAGGCAGCUGUAGGCUUUGCACUGGGAACCGUGGCAGGCUGUAUACUGGGAGCCACCGAGGACCCACUGGACAAAACCCUGUCGAUGAUGACUGAAGCAGGAUCACUGAGACCGGUGAUAGAGGAGAUAGAGAAAGUUGGUCCUUUAGGGCUUGGGACCCUAAUUGGAGCCUCAGCACUGACCACAGCGAUGACAUCGGCAGUAGCUGGUGUGAUUCUGGCAGCAGUGGCGGCUUCCAUGUUUGUGGCCACCAGGAGCUGCACGGCCUCCCACUCAAACUCCGGUGGUUUGUGGGCAUCAGCAGGAUUGGCUGGAGCCUUCGGGACCACUCUCAGUGGAGCCACGCUUGGGCUUGCUGUUGAAUGGAUUGUGAUGAAGUACGGCAUGGUGGGUCUUCUGUGGGCUCUGAGCAUUUUCACUCUGUCCAAACCUCCCCUGCACUUUGUACUGAAGCUCCUCUGGAAACAGAGUGAGGCCUGUUGCACUCUGGGGUCUACAGAUUGGGUUAGGGAAAGGGAAAAGAUCGAGAUUACAGAGUCUCAGCAGAGACAGAGAGUGGCUGUGCAGAUAGAGCAGAAGAUCCUGACACUGGAGAAUGGAAGCGACACUGGUGGAAAUGAGGACAGGACAACGUGGGACACUGAGCGACGGAAGAGAGAGGAGAUCGAGAGGAAGAAGGUGAAAGCUGCAGAGGCAGAGAUGGAGCAAAGAACCCUCCAAGAAUGGAUCAACACUGUGGUCGUCAAACAUGUGGACUUCCUGGCCUUCUCAGGAAUACCAAUGACAAUUGUUGCCAUAGUAACAUCAGGCUUUGGGAUCUUUGGCUACGGAGGGCACCAGUCUGUAUUCAUAGUGCUUCUGGCUUUGGUUAUAGUCAUGGCCUAUUUUCUAAUAAAAUCUUCUGACUUUAAGUUCUGGAUGUUAGUAGGAUGCAUGGGAAUGCUAGCAACGUUUGUCAUUGCCAUGCUCACCCUACACGCUGGACAGAUGGUCGUCACAACUGCCAUGAAGAUGCAUGCGACAGGGCAGAAACCAUCCCGGGAAGACGUUAGAACUCGCAUGAACCAGGGGUCCUCUUUGGAGGCAUUGAAAGCAGCUUUCUUUGUGGCAAAACUUUGUCAGCUGGCAUUGGGGGCAGCAGUGGGGGGGCCACUAGUGAGGCAAGCAGCUGGAGAGGUGAAAGUCAUAGCAGGGGCGGCUUUAGUGGCACUAGGUUUACUGGUUGGGGUGGAGGCUUUAGCUCCAGCUCUGGGGAAAGGGGGUCAAAGUGGGGCUCUGCUUGGGGUGGUGGGUGCAGCGGGGGUGUCGGUGGGUGCAGCAUCAGCUGUGGCCGGAAGGUGGUCGUCAUGGCAAGGAACUUUGGGAACGGUAGCAGGAUUAGUUAUCGGGGCAUUAGUGAUGGGGAAAUGGCAUGUUGUCAACAUUGGACUGCAGGUGCCUGUGGCUUAUGUCUUUGCCAUGACCAAUCCAUUUUAA